UUAGGUUCUUUUUUAUUUAUUUUAACCAAGGUUAUAUUACAGAUAAAAAAAUAUGUUUACUCAAAAGCUAAAAACUAGCUGCAAGUACAUAAGCAUAGGAUUUGGUUUUUUCUCCUCAUACAUCACAUACAAUUAUCAAAAUACUAUUGGAAAGUGUAUUACUGAGACUUUACCUGAAAAUUUUAACUAUAUUCAAAAAUGGAUGCAAUGGAAAACGAAGUCAACACUAACUGCUACUGAAAUCUACAUGUUGCAUUUGUGUCAUGUGCUUUCUAAUUCACCAAUGUUUCACCGUUAUCACAUGACAUCCCUUUUAAUUUAUCUCGCUAGCAGCGAACAUAAACUAUUGCAGGAAAUCUCUUUAAAACUUUUGUCAGUUGUGCAAUUUCCGGACGAGAUAGAUGUUGAUAUUUAUGUUAAAAAAUGUAGUAAUGAUAUAUUAGUUGGCUUAGCUAGGUCAAAAGAAUUGAACUUAAAAUGGUUUUUACCGUUUGCUGCAUCUAAUAAUAAUUCUGUACCAAAUAAUAAAAAAAACACUCUUGAUAUUGUUUCCAGUAUUCUAGAGGACAUAAGGUGUUCAACACAUUUUCCUGAAACCAACUGCUCAAUUUGGCUGCAUAAUAGAAUUGCAGGAGAAGUUCUUCCUGAAGAUCCGAUACCAAAUAUUAUGGCUGAUUUUUGCACAGAGCGAGAUAAUGUUGAAAUCAAUAAAAGAUCAUCAGAUGCUCAAUAUGAUUUACUUAUCCUGAAGUAUUUAGAUGUUCUUCGCAAGUAUUCAAAUAAUGAAAGUGUUUCAAAAAAUAGGCGGCUUUCAAAAAAUAUAAUAGCAGCAGUUAAAAGUAUCAUAGCAGAUUGCAAAGAUGAUAAUAAAGUUUUGUUUAUAUGUGGAAGUAUAAUUGCAAAUUUGGCUGUAAACCUACCCAAUCGAAACGAAAUUAUUCAGCAAAAUUUGAUAGCCGUUUUUGCCCAUUGGCGAGUCACUGAAAAUUUAAUGCUGAAUGCAAUUGCUGAUCGUGUCCUUUUUAAUUUGGAUUAUAAUUUUGAAAAAUCAUAUUUGUCUGAUGGAGUCUAUAUUUGCCAUCCAAAUUAUCGCAGCAGUGAGAAACGAUCCUCUGAUAUUAUAUUUAUACAUGGUAUUAAUGGUAGUCCGUUUUAUACUUGGAGAUUAAACGAUUCAGUUGUGAAAAACUCAGAUACAUGUUGGCCAAAAGAUUGGUUGUCAUUGGAUCAUCCAACAAGUCGGAUUUUUUGUAUUCAUUAUGAGUCUUAUUUAACUGAUUGGAUGUUAGCUUGCCCAUAUGAUAAAAGUAAGUACUCCUUAGACGAGAAAGCAAUAUCAAUACUUGCUAAGUUGAAAAAAUGUGGAGUUGGGGAUAAUCCUAUUGUUUGGGUGUGUCAUUCUAUGGGCGGACUCAUUGUCAAAAAGUUACUUCUGUCACUUGAAAAUAAAGUUUUGGAUCAAUCUAUUUUACAAGUAACUAAAGGAAUAAUGUUUUAUUCGGUUCCACAUCUUGGUUCCCCUAUUGCUACUCGUUGUGAAAAAGCUAGAUAUAUUCUUUUCCCCUCAAUUGAAGUAAAUGAACUCAGUGAAAAUUCGGCAAAGUUAAGAUCAACACACUCUCGAUUUUUGCAGUUAAUAAAAAACUACUCUAUAAAUUGUACAGAUCUAUGUGAAGUUAACUCACUUCCAUUACCUUAUUUAAAAAUAAAUGCUGUUGUUGUUCCACGUCACUCAUGUGAUGUGGGGUAUGGUCGUUUUGUGUUACUAGAUGCUAAUCAUCAAGAUAUUUGUAAACCACACUCCAAGACAGAUCCAAGAUAUUUAGAAGUCAAUUCAUUGAUUAGUAAAGUUUUAAUAAAAAAUGAGUUUAAAAAUAACAAGUGACUUUAAAUGUGUACAGUUAUCUUUUUUAUUAAAAUUUAAAAUAAUUAAUUAUACUUUAGAAUAAGAUUUGUAGUGAUGGUAUAUAUAAUUAAAUUGAAUAGUGUGGGUUUA